GCCCGUUGAGCCACAAUGGAGAUGUUUUCUUCCCGUGACAGUCCAGUGCCUGGCAGGUGAUUAGCAGAGUGAAGCUCCUCCUCAGUCAGCUACGCGAGAGACAAACCUGGACAACUGCACAUCAAAACCAGGGCUUUUACAGGACUGAAACUAUCAAAAUGGACACCUCAAAACUUCCUAGGAUCCAGGAUGAGGAGCGAGAAAGCCAGUUUGGAUAUGUACAUGGGGUGUCUGGGCCAGUGGUGACAGCUACUGCGAUGGCAGGAGCAGCCAUGUACGAGCUGGUUCGUGUCGGUCACAGUGAGCUAGUUGGAGAAAUCAUCCGUUUAGAGGGAGACAUGGCAACUAUUCAGGUCUAUGAGGAGACUUCCGGUGUGUCUGUUGGUGACCCCGUCCUUCGAACGGGAAAACCCCUCUCUGUAGAGCUGGGACCAGGAAUCAUGGGCUCCAUCUUUGACGGUAUCCAGCGUCCACUAAAAGACAUCAAUGACCUCACUCAAAGUAUCUAUAUCCCUAGAGGAGUAAAUAUUGGUGCUCUUAACAGAGACAUCAAAUGGGAGUUUUCCCCCGGCCAGAAUCUUCGGGCUGGCAGUCACGUCACAGGUGGUGAUAUGUACGGCAUGGUGCAUGAAAACUCCUUAAUCAAGCACAAGCUGAUGCUUCCACCUCGCAGCAGAGGCACCGUCACCUACCUGGCUCCUCCUGGACACUACGACAUUUCUGAUGUGGUCCUGGAGCUUGAAUUUGAAGGCGUGAAGGAGAAGUUCACCAUGGUGCAGGUGUGGCCAGUACGACAAGUCCGCCCAGUAACAGAGAAACUACCAGCUAAUCAUCCGCUGCUGACUGGUCAAAGAGUUCUGGAUGCACUUUUCCCUUGCGUGCAGGGUGGCACCACUGCUAUACCAGGAGCCUUCGGAUGCGGAAAGACGGUGAUCUCUCAGUCCUUGUCGAAGUAUUCCAACAGUGACGUCAUCAUCUACGUCGGCUGCGGAGAGCGUGGAAACGAGAUGUCUGAAGUGCUGAGGGAUUUCCCCGAGCUUACUAUGGAGGUCGAUGGCAAGGUUGAGAGCAUCAUGAAGAGAACAGCACUGGUUGCUAAUACAUCCAACAUGCCUGUGGCUGCCAGAGAGGCUUCCAUCUAUACAGGUAUCACAUUGUCAGAAUACUUCCGAGAUAUGGGUUACAAUGUGAGCAUGAUGGCUGACUCGACUUCUCGAUGGGCUGAGGCUCUGAGAGAAAUCUCUGGAAGAUUGGCUGAAAUGCCUGCUGACAGCGGCUACCCUGCUUACCUGGGUGCCAGACUCGCCUCCUUCUACGAGCGCGCUGGACGUGUGAAGUGCCUGGGAAAUCCAGAAAGAGAAGGCAGCGUCAGCAUCGUAGGAGCUGUGUCGCCACCUGGUGGAGACUUCUCAGAUCCUGUCACUUCAGCCACACUGGGAAUUGUUCAGGUGUUCUGGGGCUUGGACAAAAAGUUGGCUCAGAGAAAACACUUCCCUUCUGUAAACUGGCUGAUUAGCUACAGCAAGUACACCCGAGCUCUGGAUGAAUAUUAUGACAAACAUUUCCCUGAGUUUGUUCCUCUCCGUACAAAAGCCAAAGAGAUUCUACAGGAGGAGGAGGACCUGGCUGAAAUUGUGCAGCUUGUAGGCAAGGCCUCCCUUGCUGAAACUGACAAGAUCACUUUAGAAGUUGCUAAGCUCAUUAAGGAUGACUUCCUGCAGCAGAACGGCUAUACCCCCUACGACAGGUUCUGCCCUUUCUACAAAACUGUUGGCAUCCUCUCGAACAUGAUUGCUUUCUACGACAUGGCCCGGCACGCGGUGGAGUCCACUGCACAGAGCGACAACAAAAUCACCUGGGCCAUGAUCAGGGAGCACAUGGGAGAGAUCCUGUACAAGAUCAGCUCCAUGAAGUUCAAGGACCCUGUGAAAGAUGGCGAGGCUAAGAUCAAAGCAGACUACGCCCAGCUGCUGGAGGACAUGCAGAACGCCUUCCGGACCCUGGAGGAAUGAGUUUCUUAACUCUAUAAGCUCCUCUCCCAAAUAUCCCAAACCCCAGUUCAGUGCAACAUAGUGCAGGCCCGUGUUCUGAGUGUCUGCCUCAGUCCUGUGACCUGUGUUCCUCCUCUGUGUUUACGUCCCCUAAACAUUCCAUGACCUGGACAAAUCUUUUUUUUGUUGUUUUUUUGACUCAUCUACAUCAAAAACACAGCACUGGAAUCUCCUGAGACAUCUUGAAAAUAUGAGUACAGCUUCACUACAGCCCAUUACAGAGCACUUACAAAUCACUAAACCAUCGUGUUGUGGUUAAAAUCAGUGGGGCCCCGAUCAGAUGCUGCACUUGCACUCAACUACUAGCUGCAACAAAGAG